AUGGUUAAGUGCCUGAUCCGCAUCAGCACUAGGGUGAAUGUGCACCUACGCAUGAUCAACCACUGUUACCGGGAUGUGAAAGUUCGUGUACUCAGCCUGGGGCCUCGUCUGUUAGGGAAGGCCCUGGGGGUGCUGCCUCUUUACCCAGCUAUUACAAGUCAGCAGGAGCCUUUGCAGGCAUUUCCUCUGCCAACCAUACUACAACCAUCUUUAAUCUCCAGCACAAGCUCAGGCUUAAAAUCACUGAGUUACAGUGCACACUCCACACCUGUGCUUUCCAGCUCACACAGCGAUACAUUUAUACUUCAUUCCCACAGCCAGGUGACUGAGUCCGGCAAUGGUGCAGAAGUAACUGCUGAGGAAAACUGCAGCCCAUCAGACAAUGUUUUACCUACACCAGUGAUCGAGCUCACAACACAUCAUGCUAAAAGCAAUCCCUGUAUUACUGAGGAUGAAAAGGAGGCUGAGCAGAGUACAACAGCAGUGAAAGAAUCAGGUGAACCACGAACAACUGAAAGCAAUGCACUGGUAGUUCCUGUCAUCAGAGAGGUGGAAAGGGUGAACAAGUUUGUCCUAAGCAUUCUCCAUUUGCUUGGUCUAACCAUUAUGCUUUUUGUUUUGCUCCUCGUACUCAUCAUUCUCACAGAGUCUGAACUAGAUGUGGCCUUUUUGCGUGAUAUCCGCCAAACACCCGAGUUUGAGCAAUUAUAUUAUGAAUACUUUUGCCCCCUCCGGCGGUGGUUUGCCUGUAAGCUUCACUGGAUCGGGCAGCUGCUUAUUAACAAAUAA